UACAAUUUUUCCACUACAAGCGCAAACCGCCAGUGCUUCUUGUAAACAAAAUUACGAAAAUUUCAUAUGGUUCGGCUGCUUGUUGUUACUUUUGAAUGUGUUUCACUAGGCAUCCCUGCGCUUGCAGAGUAACGCCAAGAGUCGACUCAGACCCUCGAAUGAAUACUUUUGCACAGUUGUGUUGAGCGGAGCGAUUCUCGUGUAAAAACAUUGGACACGUCGCGUAUGCAAUAAAACUUUGUUUUGCAAUUUUAACAGGUUGAAAAUUUAAAUUGCAAUAUAUCGAAAAUGAUGAUUGCUCUUUAGUCUACGUAAUGCUAUACUUGAAAUAGGUGAUUUAGUGUGAGAAAUAGCUUCUUAAGUUUUGAGGAACAAUAAAAAUAAUCAGUCAAGAUGGACGAGACAGUGAUGCUUAUUCUGCUGGUUGCCGUAAUGUUAAUCGGUUCAUACAUUUCUGGUAGUAUUCCUCUCGUUGUCACAUUAUCCGAGGAGAAAUUGAAAAAUGUGUCAAUAUUUGGUGCUGGUUUGUUGGUUGGAACUGCUCUAACAGUUAUUAUUCCCGAGGGAAUCCGUUCUCUAUACGACGAAAGUAAUCUUGAAGCUAAAUCUAUGGGUACCUCGAUGGCACCGAACCACAAACAUAGUGCUGAUGAACAUUCCUCAACCAUCGGACUAUCACUGGUGCUCGGUUUUGUGUUCAUGAUGUUGGUAGAUCAGGUUUCUUCGCGCAGGAAGGAAGGUUCAAAUGAACGCAACCUCACCGCCACAAUAGGUUUGGUGGUACAUGCAGCGGCUGACGGAGUUGCUUUGGGUGCUGCGGCCACCACUAGUCACUCGGACGUUGAAAUUAUUGUAUUCUUAGCCAUAAUGCUACAUAAAGCACCUGCCGCUUUCGGUUUGGUUAGCUUUCUGCUACAUGAAGGAAUCGAACGCCAAAGGAUACGAAAGCACCUGCUAAUAUUUUCCCUGUCGGCGCCCUUAUUAACCAUAUUGACGUACUUUGGCAUUGGAAGUGAACAGAAGGAAACUCUGGAAUCCCUCAACGCUACUGGCAUUGCUAUGUUGUUUUCCGCGGGUACAUUCCUCUAUGUAGCCACAGUACAUGUCCUUCCGGAACUGACUCAUAAUACCGGCCACGGUGGACAUCACGGUCAUCAUGACUACAACCUGCUCGAGCAGCAAUCUGCACUUCCAAUCGAUGGAAAAACAAUCAUUGUACGAAACGGUAGUGGACUGAAAAAUACCGAACUAGGUCUUCUAAUUCUAGGCGCUCUAAUGCCUCUCUUUUUGACAAUGGGACAUCAUCACUAGUGUGUUCCGGAAUGAAAACUAAAUCAUUGCCAAUUUUCUAAUUAAGUUUUAACGCAAUUAGAACAAACAAAAAUGGAGCAACGCGCAACAUAACAUUUGUAAACAUACUCGGAAUCUAGAUCGAGCACACAUUGAAAUUAUGUUGACCGUCGAUAGUAUGCUCUGAAUAUGUACCUUUCUUGACAUUUUUUUCAUCAAAAGAGAACGUUAUACAGUUCGAUUACGUGUAAGUGCAACAAAGGCAAUGUGAAAGACUUAGACUGUACUCGCCAGCUGGCUACUUUAUUUGUAAGAAUAAAUUCGUUUUAGUGAGGGUACUGUGAGGCACAUAAUGCAGUAAAGUUACUAGAAAAGGGUCAGCCAACAAACCUGGUUACUGCAUGCACCCAAAGCGGAUACAAAAAUAAUAGUGAUAUAAUUGUCAUUGUCAAUAAAUCUAGCUCACCGAAAGAUAAAGUGUGUAAGGUAACGUAAAUAAACUUUACACGACUUUUAUCGCAUUGUACGGAAUGAGAGGGUAAAUACACUAAGGGUUUCUUUUACAUGGCAAUUUUUCUCAUCAAAUGUUUUCCAUGCUACGUGAUUAUUUUCCACGAAAAAUUGUGCUGUGUGGAAGAAAGCGUAAAAAUUUACCUUGUGAACCCAACUUAAGUGUAGAAGCAAACUAUCUAGACGAUAUUGAGAUGAUUUGUAGUCUACCUAAAGACGAGUCUGUGUAAUUUUAAAACGAAACUUUUUGUUGUAAAACGUGUUGUAGAGUUGAAAUGUUCGACUCAAGGAUAUGCAAUAAAUAAAGUCAUGAAUAGCUAAA